AUGGGGGCAACUGUGUCCCGGUGGCAAUUCCUCGAGCUGCCGUGCCCGCAGGUGUGCAGGAGGAAACGGUGGGCGGCUGUCGGGCGCCACUUUCGGCCUCCGCCCUCGAUGACCAACCUGUCGUUCCAUGUGAAGCGGAUCUACGACAAGUACCUGCUGUCGUAUGAACAAAAGCAAUACCCUGAAGAGGCAAUGCAGAGGGGUGUCGAUUCAAGGCUGGUUCCCAUGCGACCGCCCCCGGCGCUUUUGUGCAAUGGUCGGAAACCAAAGGCAAUUGGAUCUGUCGUUCAUGUACCGACAAAAAAAAGGGCGCAGUCGCGCAGCCCCAAGGAGCAUGGCUGCCGCCAGGACAUGAUGCUGGUUGACGAAAGAAAUUGUUGGCCCACUGCUCCGCAUAAUGCUGUGCGAAAUAGAGGAUUUACAGCCGCGGUCUCGGACAACAACGCAGAAUUGGAGCGCCAGCGGCUCGCUGCAGAAGCAUUGCAGCACCUGAGCGGAAGGUGCACAACAAAGUGGCAGGGGGAAGAGCAGAGUGGCCGCGUUGAUGGACGUCAGGCACAGAGAGAAACAGAAAUUUAUGGCACUCAGAAUGAAUCAAACAGAUGCGGAGUGCCUUGCAGGAAUGUAGAGGCCCUAAGGGACGAAGAUUUGAGCAACUCAGUGUUGGGAUCGAGGGAAUCUGGUGGCCGUUCGCUCUUUUCCGAAGAUGGGCGCUCUCGCAGCAGGGAACGGCGUGUAUCAAUGUGUGGAGGUAGCGGCCUCAAGCAUUGCGAUAUUGGAGCUCCUAAUGUCUUUGCAAGGGUAGUGCUUCAAUCGCAGGAAAUCUCCUGCCGUCCGCCACCCAGCCUGCCUUUCCACAUACUGCCAUCCACGGUGAUGACGGCGGCUGGAAAAAGGAACUGCCUGGGGGACGGAGUCGCCUGCUGUGGCAAAGAGGAUGGCCCACCGAUCCCAGUUGCACCCAACGGAUGCUCGGCCUAUCAUCCUGGAACGCAUUUUACAGCUGCCGGCCAUGCCCUUGGUGAAGCUCGUCAGCCGGGUGAUCUCGUGGAGCGCUACGAGGCGUGCUUGCAGAAAAUGAAUGAACUACUGGAGGAGCGCGAGACUGCCAUAAAAGAGCUGACAGCGGAGCUAGAAAAGGAACGAGACAUUUUGAGACACAAGGAUGCUCAAAUUCGAACACUCGAGGCGUCAAAGGAAGGAGUCGCCGUGUGUUUGCGCAUGCUGCUUGCGAAUUUGCAACACGUCCACCAAGGGCAGGAAGCGAUGUAUCCUAUUUUGCCAAUAUUAACUGCUCAAGCAGUGGCCUCAGGCGACCAGAGGAACGUGGCUCCCACCCAUCCAGUCAGAGCGACCAUGUGCACCUCUGCUAAGGGAUCCAGGCGAUGA